AUGUCGAAAAAUCCUAAAUGGGAGUUUCGAGACGUAUCUCUUUUGCUCCAAAUUUUCCGGGAUUUUUUAUUGGGCAGAAAACAUACUCUACAUCCGAGAUUCCCCCUAAAGGUAGCUUCAAGAAGUAUACCUCAGCCUGAUAUACCCAGAAGCCCAGACAUUAAGUAUUCUAACCAAUACUAUUAUGCAAGGAAUGCUUUUGACUCUGUCAAGCCUCCUGUAGUGGCACCGAUUGCGGAAGGUCCGGCUGCAGGAGGAGAUCCAACUGUAAAACCUAAAGUCAGCGGUGUGCGUCCUGAUAGUGUUUGCCUGCCUGGAUUACCUAUUCCUGGUACUCCGUGGGCAUGGGACGGGCAUAGAUAUUUCGAGUGUGUUCCAGACGUGGAUCGGAGACCGACCUGUCCCCCGCCACCACCACCACCGCCACGUGAAGACGAUUCACCUUGCGCUCAGCCAGCAGUUCCGCCUUGUCCUUUAUCGCCUGACAAGAAACGUGGACACUGA